AUGUGGGAUGUUACACUUCAAGAAGGAUUUAUAGCUGAGCACGACCUAUAUCGAGAGUUGACUAUCGCUCCUAGCCAGACUCUGGUAGAGGUCUUUGCGACUGAGGAACACUAUGUGCUCUUAGACGACGAUCAAAUCGCGGCAAAGAAGUCUCCUAAACAAGUUGACCCAUCACUGAAGAAGGCAAGUUAG